GAUUCUCCAUCUAACAAGCUGCUGUACGCGAAGGACAUUCCCAAGUACAAGGGAAUGGUGAACAAGUUCUACAGUGACAUACACGAGCAGCCGCCAGUCAGCGACCAGGACAUGAACUCACACCUCACCGAGAUCUCACGCGUGUAUGGUGAUGAGUUUAACACCUUUGCUGCAGUCAGUCAGCUCUAUGGUUAUGUUGUCAAGUAUCACGAUGCUGUGAUGGAGACUCUGGAAGAAGACCAUCUCUGUCAGAAACUGCAUCUCGCUCACAAGCUAGACAAUGUCGCUCUCACGCUCGAAGACCAAGCCGACAUGCCCUGGUCCGACUAACCAGGGGGCGCCACGAAUCUCGCUCACAAGCUAGAAGACGGAGGAAACGUGCUCUGGUCCAACCAGCCAGGGGGCGCCACUGAUCAGAUGACGACACACUUCGGGAACCAGUCGUGUGUCUGCUUUCGUUCGUGUGUUCGCUAGAGGACGCCUGUGUAGACAAACAUUUGUGUCGCGCAGUUCGCUAGCCUGCGAGCGCGAGCGAUAUAGAGGGCGCCAGCAAUUAAUGAUCAUCAAAGGAUGUCAGUCAUCUGUAAGAAGACCACUAGAGGUCAGCACAGAGGGCGCUGCAAUAGCUACAGAGGGCGCCACAAUAGCUACGUGCCGGGACACUGCGGCGCGAUGCGUACAGGUGGCGCUAGCGAAGCAAAACCGCGUCGCCUGUGAUCGCCGUCUCGGUUGCUAAGCAUUCGUUUAUUCGCGAGUAUUGUUUCUACUUGUUUGGAAUG